AUGAAUAAUAUGAAUAAAUCUAAAAUAGAAUCACUAGAUACCCCAUUUAUUAAACUAAAAUAUAACAAUAUAGAAGCAGACAAAUUGAUUAUAACCCACAAACUUACAACAUUAUUUACUACACACAACUUAAUUGAAAACAUAUCUAAUACAACUUAG